UCUCCAGCCCCGCGAAUAUAUAAGAACACUGCUACUGCCAUGGGUUUGUAGUUGAUCUCCAGACUCCUCUGUAUUUACUGAAGACUCAACGAGGCUCGACCAUGCAGCUGUCCGUCCUGGUGCUGUCCGUGGGCCUCGCUCUGUGCGGGGCGGUGCCACGCUACGAGCUGCCCGGACCCUGGCCGGCGACCCAUCAGGGCCCCUUCCUGGAGCGCGAGGAGGCCGCCAUGAUGCCGGCGGAGUUACUGAUGGCGCGGGAGAGGCCUCGCCGCUCGCUGCAGCCAGGCGCGCCGCAGUACCCGCUGCCCGGCGCGCAGCCCGCCCAGCGCGACAACGACGUGGCGGUGUCGGCGACGAGGGAGCGCGGCGUGGGCACCGUGGUGGACGCCCAGGGCCGCGCCAACGUGUGGCGCAGCGACGACGGCAACACGCGCGUCGACGCGCACGGCCGCUGGACGCGCGUGUACGACGGGCCGGCGCGCGGCCAGCGCUCGCACAGCGCGGGGGUCGUGUUCUCGCACCGCUGGCGCUGAUCCUCGCCCGUGCACAACAACACGUGUGAACACAUACAUCUGCCUUGCUGCAGAAACAUUGCAAAGAUAACUUUUUAAUGUGUCUAAUGUAAACCUUGUAGAGAUACGUUUCUGCACUGUUCUUAAAAUUUAUUAUUAUCUUUCAAUUAAAAAAAAAAACUUUUCACCUGUAUGUAACUGCAACAUUAAUUUUAAGAGACACCAUCUGCUAUCCAUUGGAAACAUCGUAAAAAUAAAUUAACCGUUAUUUCUUUAUGAGCAUAAAUCCGAAAUAUUGCAAAAGAAUACAAUUUUUCAUUUCUGCAAUGUACCCGAGUUGUUGAGAUCUUGUUUGGAAUUUAAUUGCAAGUCAAUCAAACGAGCACAAAUAAAAAACUGUUAAUUUGUGUGAAUUUGCAAAUGGGUAAUGUUGCAAAAUUUGACAGUGUUUAAAUAUGAUUAUGUAACAUUUUUUUUCUUUUGUAUGAAACAUAUUGUGAUUUAUGAAAUAUGACAGCAAUAGGAAUUCACAAGUAUUCACAGGCACCAAUUUUAAUGUGUGGAGGGGUGUGAUACUUACGUUAUAGUUUUUGUCACAGGUCAAAGAGUAAAUAGUUCAAAAUAAUUUGGUCCUCCUUGAUUCGGUGCCAAUGCUAGCUUACGUUUUGCGGUAUAACUUCAAAAUUCAUUUAUUUAUUACAAACACGCAAUGACUUGAUGUAAGUUUUUGGACAUACACCAUUGCUAAGAACUUUUUCUGUUGAAGAAAAACUAUUAAAUAAAAUAAAUAAAUAAAAAUAAAAAUAAAAAUACUCAAAAAAAGAUACAAAAACACACAAAAUUAAGCAAACAAUUGCUGUUGUCAACAAGGAUAUGAACACCACAAAAUAUUCCGAAACAGGAAUAUGGUCAGCAAACAAAGAAAAAACAAAGAAAAAUGUACCUGUGUUUCCGUACCAUGUGCGUCUCUGCCUGAGGACGGGAGCAGAUAGCAGUUCCCGAAACGUCGCUUGUUUCUGUUUAGGUAAAACUAUUGUAUUUGUUUGUUUUUUCGUUUUGUCAUGUUUUUUGUCUCGCUUCAACUGUUGUGCUGAAUUAUUUUGGGUUUCAAUAUUUUUGUGUUGUCAUCAUUUGUGGGGAUUUUUUCGUUCUCUUAGUACAUUUUUCUUUGUUUUUUCUUUGUUUGCUGACCAUAUUCCUGUUUCGGAAUAUUUUGUGGUGUUCAUAUCCUUGUUGACAACAGCAAUUGUUUGCUUAAUUUUGUGUGUUUUUGUAUCUUUUUUUGAGUAUUUUUAUUUUUAUUUUUAUUUAUUUAUUUUAUUUAUUAGUUUUUCUUCAACAGAAAAAGUUCUUAGCAAUGGUGUAUGUCCAAAAACUUACAUCAAGUCAUGCACUCCCAUUGCACAAAUCUUUUAAAGAUAACACAAACACGUAAUGUAGCCCUACAGAAUAAUUAUUUCAAUGACUGGCAAUAGUUUGACUGUUGUAAUUGCAUAUACGUGGAUAGAUCAAGAAUAAUCCUUAAAGUAAUAAUUACAAUCUUGUUUCAAAGUUUUUGUUUGAAAGAAAUUUAGAUACAAUUAAAAAAAUAUUUUAAUUUGAUAUUUACGACAUUAUUAAGUUUCUAAAAUUUAUUCUAAACCAUCUACUUCUGGAAAUAUUUCUGUACAGAUGAAAAACCGCACUUUUUCCAAUUUUUUAAAUAUUAGGAAAACGAUUUGUCACUUCGGUUCCAUUGACAUUGCCCUGUUUGUGUUUGUUUAGUAAAAUUAUGUUUUAAACUGUCAUAUUUUAUGCAUGAUAAGGUUACUAAUGUACUAUUUUGCAGGAACACUAUUAGUCCAAUUGAGCUCUUAAGUUAGACAUAAGAUAUUUAAUCUUUAUAGAUAAGUUUGUAAAACUUUGGUAAUUCUUGUAUAUGUUCGUAUAAAUAUUUAAUAAAGUGAAAUGUAAUGUUUAGUAAAUGAAAAAAAAGGUUUUAUGUCUAAACAAGGGCAUUAAUUUUCCUUUGAAACAUGCCAAUGCUAGACUCAGAUAUCUAAGCAUUCUACCAGAGAUAAUACAUAUAUAAAUUUUAUCAUACAUUUAAAUGUUUAUUUAGGCUUUAAAUUUAACUGAAAGUGAGGCUGAAGGAGGAAGGAAAAACUAUUAACGUGUUACAAGUAAUUUUCUUGGGAAAAGACCCAAUUUUUGUACCAUAAAAAAUUAUUCUUGUAUCGAAAGAUACUUUUCAAUUUUUUACACUUAUUGAAACUUCGCAUUACAUAUACAUAAUACGGUAUUUAAUACCACUAAGU